CGUAGCAACGCCAACGUAGGUACCGGAGUUCCCCAAUAGGGGGAGGACAGCGCCACCGGAGGCCGGCACCCCCCCAUCACCACCAGGGAGGCUGAGGCCCUCAUUCAGAGGGUUGGGAUCACGGCCGAACAAUUCAAGGAGGUGCUGGCUGCACUUGCGCCCAUUCGCGAGGUCGUGGUAGGAGAUGUGGCUGGGGGACCCACAUGCGGGAAGGCUGGACCUGAAGAAAAAAGUGAGGCGGUCCCAGAAGAAGAUGGCGACCAAGCCUAAUGGGAAGGCUGUGAUGGCAGAUGCGCUUUCCAGGCUGGAAGAAGAGGACGAGUCGUCCUCCUUCGAGCGGAUGUCUGCUUUUGACCGUUUGGGAGACCCCAAGUCAAAGAAACCUCGGACCUCUGCGUUCGAACGGCUGCAGGACACUCGGUUGGCCCGAAAAGGCGACUUGAAAGACACGCUCAAGGAGAAGAAAGGGGAGUCCACAGCGACCUCCAAGGUCGGUUCUGAGGAGCGACGGAUGACAGUCGGGGAUAAGGGCGCAACCGAGAUCAAGGCGUACAACGGGACGACCGAUCCCCAAGACCACCUCGCUCGCUUCGGGGCCAACGUGGUCAUGUAUGCAUAUCCAGAAGAAAUCAAGUGUCGGUGCUUCCUGGCGACACUGGAGGGGCAGGCUUGUGAGUGGUUUCACAAGUUACCCAAGGGGUCGAUAGAUAAGUGGAGCGACCUGGCCCACAAGUUCUUGGAGCACUUCGCAUCCAGCCGGAGACAAAAGCUCCCCUUCUCGCAUUUGCUCAAUGUGAAGAUCCGGAACGGGGAACAGCUUCGGGAGUUCAUUAAUAGGUGGGAGAAGGAGGCUAGGGAUGUCCAAGGGGGCCUGCUGGAGAAGAAAAGCGGGCCACCGGUGGCAGAAGGAAAGAAAAGGAAGGAUUAUGGUAAGGGGCCGAACCCCACCGGGUAUCAUGCGAAUAGGCAUCCUGUUCACGCGGUACAGUCGUUGCCGGCCCCUCCUCAUGGUCGAGAAAGCUAUGGUGUGCAAGAUGCACCCAAAUACUGCGAGUACCAUCGUAACAGCACCCAUAACACGUCGGAGUGUGUUACGUUGAAGAAGGAGAUGGAUCAGCUGAUCGCUAGAGGGCCACCUCCUCGAUCGGAGCGACCGUCCUCAAGUAACCGGACUUGGAGGAGGCCGCUAGCCCCCACGGCAACGAUCACAGCAGGAGAGGGGCAAGAAGAUGGACGGCGGCACCUAAGGCGAGAUUGUGACGACCUAGAUGAGGAGGAGAGGCAAGGUCGCCGACACCUGGGGUGUCGGUUCAUCAUGGGAGGAAACACUGGAGGAGAUUCGGUAUCCUCCCGGAAGAAGUGGAAGAACAUGGUGUACCUGGCCGAGGUACAAAGGCCGCCGCUGCCUAAGCGGAAGAAGAAGGAACCUCUGAUCUUUACAGACGAGGAUUAUCCCCCAGUCCUCAGCCCUCACAGGGACGCUCUGGUGAUAAGAGUGGAGAUCAAUAAUGUGGUUGUUCACCGAACCUUGGUCGAUACGGGCAGCUCGGUCAACGUAAUGUACAGCAACACCUUUAAGGAGUUGGGGUUGUCCCGAAGCGACCUGAAAACAAUCCAUACGCCACUAUCAGGGUUUACAGGGGAUACUAUCGAAGCAGAAGGAACUAUCACGGUAAAGGCCAGGGUAGGAGAUGGCACCCACCGACUCUGGGUCGACAUGGAAUUUAUGGAAGUACAGCUCGAUUGUGCACACCAUCUGAUUUUAGGACGACCAGGGUUGGAGGAACUGGAGUGCGUAAUCUCCCCUGUCCACUUAUGUCUAAAGUUCAACACUCCCACAGGGGUGGGAGUAGCAAAGGGGAACCAGAGCCUGUCACGGUCGUGCUACGUCAGGGCGACCAAAAGCCAAGCCCGAGUCGACGAGAAUGUGAGCACGAUCUGUGCAGAGAUCCAGAAGGAGGAGGGGCGACCCCGAGCUGAGCCGGCGGAAGAGGUCGAGGAAGUUUCUUUGGACCCGGUUGAGCCAGAGCGGAACGUGAAGGUAGGUAAAACCUUACCCCUUGAAGUAAAGGAGCAGUUAUUGGAGGUCCUCCGAGCAUUCAAGGUGCUAUUAGCUUGGGGACCAGAGGAUAUGCCAGGGGUCGACCCAGAAAUCAUCUGCCAUAGAUUGGCAGUGGAUCCGACCCACAAGCCGGUCAAACAGAAGAAGCGUUUCCUCUCCUCAGAACGGAGAGAGUUUGUAACCAAGCAAGUGACCACCCUGCAAUCCAUUGGGCACAUCCGGGAAGUCCGCUACCCGGAAUGGUUGGCAAAUGCAAUGACCCAGGAAGAAGAGUUGCUCGAGCCAAGCAUCAGUCCCGGACAAGUGCUGAUCAUCACACUCAAAGAGGAGCCGGAUUGGAUUGAUGAGAUUACCAUGUACAUCCUUGACGGGUCGCUACCUAUCGACCCAAUCGCGGCAAAGGUGGUGAAACGACGUGCACCCAGCUACACGUUGGAGUGCGGUCAGCUGUAUAAGCGAUGGUACAAUGGUACAUUGUUGAGGUGCUUAAGAGCGGGCGAGGCACAGAAGUUAAUGGAGGAAAUCCAUGAGGGAAUAUGUUCAGCACAUCAGGGAGCCUUCACGAUGUCCAGGAAGGUGACCCUACAAGGAUACUUUUGGCCAACGAUUAUCAGAGAUUACGCAGAGUUCGUGCGCAAAUGCAAGGUUUGCCAGGAAUUCCAGAGGAUGCCAGGGCGACCGGCGACGAAUUAUACCCCGAUAAGCACAACAAUUCCUUUUGCCCGGUGGGGCAUCGAUCUGGUCGGUAUUUUGCCUCGGGGGACAGGGAACAACACAUACCUUGUGGUCGCGAUUGACUACCUCACCAAGUGGGUCGAGGCCGCCCCUGUGCCAACCAUCACGGCGGAUUAGAUGACGAAGUUCGUUUCCAAGAAAAUCUUGUGCCGAUU